CUAUGAGUGUUUUCUCGAAGGUGGGACCGUCUCAAACUGACUGCAGACAGCAUCCAUCCAUCCAUCCACAUCAACACACGUCUCUGUCCGUGCGUGUGUGUGCUGCUCGACGGUGCGUACGCCUGCAGGGUGGCGUAGGGGGUGAGUGCUCUCUCCACCAUGGUGAACAGGCUUCGAAGCAACUCCUCCUUCCACGAGCUCAAGAUGACGACCAACUGACCGAGCCAUCCAUCCAUCCAUCCCGCAAUGACAAACACAUGGAGAGCGUCGUGUGUAUUCAUGGCCAGUGUGAUAACCCAUGGCACACGUACGUACGUACCUGUUGCUUCUUCUUGUGGCGGACCUGCACCAGCCACGGCUGCACCGACGGGAUCUUGUUGCCCGGCGCCCCGAUGGGGACACUGCCCUGCCCGCCGGUGCAGAACAUGCUAUCAAUCAGAUUACACAACACGUGCACAGGUACAGUACAGUAGACACACAACAAACAGCCGUGGAUGUGGGUAUGUGUGUGUACCCGUGUGGUGUGUGAAUCAAUGUGUGUCCCGGCCCCACCCCACCCACCGGUGCUUGAGCGAGAUGCUCAUGCCACAGUCGAGCAGCAGAUCCACCUUCUCGGCCAACUGACGGAUGGGAGACAGACAGGUAUGUAUGCAGUCGCACAGAUAGGUGUGGUCGCGUCCGCGUGUGAGUGUUCAUCUGCAUGUGUCUGUACCACGUAGGCCUUGACCACCUUCCAAUAGCGACAGACACCCAUCAGCACCUUUGCCAACGGCGUGGCCAGCGCUGUGUGACAUGGACACACACAUACACACACACACACACGCAGAAGAGUUCUUGUCCGUGCACUCGUACUCUUUGCCCUUCCAAACGUAGUCCUCCUUGCCGCCCGUCACGUCCACGUCCCCCUCGAAGUUGUGCUGCUGAAACCACGAUGAAUGGACAUCACACAGCCAUGUCACAUGGCGCAAGGCGAGCCGUCCAUUCAUCCAUCCCAUCCAUCCAUCCCCUUCCUUGCUUAGUGACGUGAUCGCCCUCUGCCUCUGACCUCCUCGUUCUCCCUCUCCUCGGACUGCUGUGACUCGAUGUCGGAAUACCUCAGCCCCUCCUCACCGCUGUUGCGACGCAU